AUGCCUUACCUCCAAUCCAUCGACGUCCGCUACGGCGAAGACCCCAGCAGCGAGCCCUCAGCCGGCAUCAAGACAGUCGACGGCUCCAGCGCCGACAUCAACGCCGGCUUUGGCGGAGACUUCGUCUGGCUGAUCCCAACCUACGGCUCGGCCGCAACCGCCGCCUCCAGCAUCCGCAUCAUCAUCCAGGGCGACGCGGACUCCGCCUACUACGACCUGGCCAAGGGGGCCGGCGGCGACUACCGCUAUCUCCGCCUGGAGCGCGACGGCGGCGCCAAGAUCAGCGAGGUGAAGCUGCUGCGCCGCGGGGACGGGGUCGAUUUUGCGGCGGUCCAGGCGCUGGGCUUCCAGGGGGUUUCGGGGGAUAUCAAUGAGGGGAGGGGUGGGGACUUUUUGUAUCUUGUUUGGAAGUAUUAG